UCAGUUGGUUAAAUCCAAGGAGUUUUGUAUGGAGGAUCCGCUCUCAGAAAGGACACAGGGGGUGUGAGAGUCCCACUCAGCUUCUUCUAACUGGACUUGGAUUCAAGGAAGAUGUGUGAGAGAAGGAUAGAAAAGGAUCAUCCGUCACUAAGUCACUCCUGACAGAGAGCUGGUCUUGCUGACAACAUUCAAAGGCAAUUGCAGCAGUUUACGAGCAGCACAAACAUGGCUGGAAGGCGACAGGAACGGGAACGUCCUUCAGGCCGCGGCAGUGAAGGAGAAAUCGGGGACAUCCGGAAAAGCCUCGUAUACAAGAGCCUCCCUGCAGAACCUGAAAUGCAGAUCCUUUACCCAAGCCACAAAAGCACAUGAAGCAUGUGGUGCAGAAGCUCUCAUGAGCAACAGACAUUGCCUUGCAUGGCUGAAAAAGCCUGAAUCAGCAAACAAAAUAGAAAACUGAAGAGUUCUGUGGGAAAUUCUAACCUGAAAUGAAAAACAAAUCUGUGACUGGCAGAGGAAGCUGAAACAGAGAUUGAAUGUGUAGAAAAAUUGCUUCAUGCCUCUAGACAAUGUAAUUCAUGUUGCAACUGGGACAGAAGAAUAUCAACAGCCAGCAGCUAUUGGAUAUGGCAUGUGGUACUCCUGAAUCAAGGGAAAGUGCUGAAAAGAUGUUGAUAGUAAAUUAUUGGAAAAUGCAAAGAAAGCCCAUGAGAAAAGUGGCCGAAGAAGUGAAAAAUGAUGCAGGGUGAGGCAAUAGAGACAUGCCUGAAAGCCUUGUGGUUGAACUGGAAGCUUCUACUGUGCUGGAAAGUUACAGAGGCUUUAGAAAAUAUAAGCAUCAGGAAAACUUCUGAACUGCAAAUGGAGCCAUGAAGAGCAAAGACAGUGCUCAUUACCAAGGCAGAACCAAAAAAGAGCUUGGUGGUGCAUUUCAAAGAACUUGUGACCAGGCUCAGCUUCACCACAUUUCAAAGUAAUUGGGCAACCUGAAUAUUUUGCCCUUUUUUUUGUGGUAAGAACAGCAAUGGAAAGCACAGGCCGAAGUGAUCAUGCUGAAAAACAUAAAGCAAGCAAAGAGUGUCAGGAGAAAAGUGUCAAAUAAUGGGGAAGAAGUAAAUUAAUAAGUGCGAAGAACUGUUUGUGCCUAAAGAAUGAGAGCGUGGUCAAUGAGUUUAUGCCUAUGGUAAAGAUGCUAGACAUUGGAGAGGUGUCCUUGCUUUGUGCUGAGAAAAGUCUUUUACAGUGAUAUGACACAGGGUGAAAGAUGCUGUGACUUUAGAAUUUGAAGGAAAACAAGCUGGCUUUGAAUUGUGUAGAGACUGGCUGAUCACACUGCAAAUCACCACAGAGUGACCGUUCUCCGUGAGAGACAUCUUCUUUUGCCAUUGCUUUAACUGACCUCCAAAAGUCAUCACUUGGAUGAAGACACUUCCACAAUGGAGCAUGCUUGGGAUCUGCAAAGUCCCAAGAAGAAACAUCAGAAACAUGCACAGAGUGCUCAGUGAGGCUUGCUGUGGGUAUCAAGCCAGGGAUUCCUGUCAAAACUGAGGUGAAUGUCACCACUGGAGGUCAAGUGAAGAUUCAACCUCAGGAAAAUGUACUUUGAAGAUAUAAAAAAUUUAGCAGUUAAUUUUUUUCCUGGAGCCAGCGCUUGCUACAUCACAUCCAUUCCCAGUGCUGUCAAUCAUUAUCCAGCCAGCAUAUUGUUCAGAAGGUGGAGCUGUCAGGCAGAAGGAAUGAAAGGGAGCGACACCGGGAUUGGACACGCACUGGCUAAAUACCUGGAUAGCUUAGGUUUUGUUGUGUUUGCUGGGGUUUUGGAUAAGGAUGGACCUGGAGCUGAGGAACUGCAGCGGAGCUGCUCUGGGAGACUCUCUCUCCUGCAGCUGGAUGUAACCAAUGCCACUCAAGUCAAGGAAGCCUAUCUGAAAGUCUCAGAGAAGGUGCAAAGUACAGGACUCUGGGGUGUUGUGAACAAUGCAGGCAUCCUGGGCUUCCCUGCUGAUGGUGAGCUGCUCCCCAUGAGCAACUACAGGCAGUGCAUGGAGGUGAAUUUCUUUGGGGCCGUGGAAUUGUCCAAGACCUUCUUACCGUUACUUCGGAAGUCACAGGGGAGGCUGGUUAACAUGUCCAGCAUGGCAGGAGGCAUUCCACUACCGAGGUAUGCUGCCUAUGGUGCAUCAAAAGCAGCUCUGUCCAUGUUUUCUGGAGUAAUGAGGCAAGAGCUUUCCAAAUGGGGAAUUAAAGUUGCUGCAAUUCAUCCGUCAGGCUUCAGAACAGGUAUACAAGGCACAUCCGACCUGUGGGAUAAGCAGGAAAAGGAGCUGAUGGAAAACCUCCCAGCAGACACCAGGCAGGCCUAUGGUGAGGACUAUCUCCUGGGGCUGAGGAGCUACCUCCUCCACAUGCCCACCUGCUGUGACCCCGACCUGUCCCCUGUGCUGGGCGAUGUCCUGCACGCUCUGCUGGCCAGGAGACCCCACGGGCUGUACACCCCUGGCAAAGGGGCUUACCUGCUCCUCUGCAUCUUCUGCUGCUUCCCCCUCUGGUGCUAUGACUUCUUCAUCAGCAAGAUGCUGAGUGCUGAGCCUGUUCCAAGGGAGCAGAGAACAUCAGAAGAUGAAAGCAAAAACCUCUAAGGUGUCCAUCAGCAUUUGUCUCACUUGAUGAGAUGGCUGGGAAAAACUCUAUUUAUUGUACUGUCUUUGUUAAGUUGAAUUUACACUGCCUUGCAGAGAGGUAAAUCUUUGUGUUAAGAGUAAUGUAGAAAAGCAGUGCAUAAACAGAAAUAGAAAGCUAUUCCCAGAUGGGCAUUUUCUGAGGAAUUUCAGUGUUUUCCUAUGUCUUUAUAUCCUGGCCUCUUUAGCCAGCAGCACGCUUGUAGCAAAUGUGGGUGGAGUCCUUCCCAAAUCUUCAUGCGUGAAGCCUGGCCAUGAUGAUGAUGAAAUCCUGCCUUCUGUGUAAGGUAUCUCACAAAUUAUACAGUGCUUGUCUGCUUCACAAGGCAUCACCAGCACACAGACAGAUGCACAGCCUGUUUCUGAAAACAAAACAACCUUGAGAGUCAAUAACCUUCUUAAAUGUUAUAGGGAGUUACAUAUACUCCUAUCCUUGGAGACAUUUAGAAAUGUGUAAUGAAAGUCUUUCCCAGUGCAGCUGCAGCCUAAUAUGUUUGAGGUUUGGUUUUUGGUUCUGUUGCUGUUGAACUUGUGAAAGGAUUAUAUUUCCUCCUCUCCCCAAGUUUUGUGAUGUAUACUUGUGAAGUUUAGAAUGUGUUCUCCUUGCUGACUAGGCAACAUAAAUUAGUUGGGCGGGGGGGGGGGGAAUGAAUGAAGACAGAUCAAGACCUUUGUGAAGAAAUGAACAAUUUCCUUCCUACAGUGAUAAUGAGUGUCAUAGUAAGUGUAUCAGCUGCUGAUUUGAUGUGACUGUCUGGGUCUUUCUGUGCACUGCCUGCAUAUGCCUGUGCAUAUCUAAUUCUUAGUAAAGUCUCACCUCACUUCUGCUUUUUGUGCUAUUCCUCGCUUAGUUAUGGGUUCACAAGAAGUCAUGUUGUUGCCCAUUUCUCCUGAUACCUUCUUGUCUCCUUCUGCUUUGGGGGGAGUUUGUGCUCACUCAGUCUCCAUGUUGGCUUUACUGGAGUCCAGUGUCCAUCUUCUGAUUUGACUGUGGUUGCUCCCCUUCCCUAAAUUCAUUCUAGGUGAUGCAUUUCUUUUCAAGUGCUGAAAAAUAAAAAGUGAUCACAUUCUGGGUUUUAAAUAUAGAUGAACACUUUUCCUUUCCUUUCUGAGCAACUUCUGUCAUAAUCCUAGUGGUGUGAUGUCCUCUUGCAGCCAACUGGACAAAAUCACUGUUUUAAUUUGCAUCUGUAGUGUUUAUUCAGUCACCUUCCUGGCUCUUCUACAUCAAUGCAAGUCUCCUGUAAAUGCACAGAGGAUGCUCAGAGGGCUUGGGCCACCUUUUAAAUCUUUGCCCCAGUGGGGAAAUCCUCCUGUCCUGUACAUUGUGUCACAAUUACUGCUUUUGCUGCUGAGGUUUAUCACCAGGUGGCUUUGUAUCAGUCCCCCGAUUACAGACUUUUGCUUUCUUUGGGGAGGUGUGACAAAAAACGUUUUAAACUCAGAUAAUCUGGGACUAUUUCUCUCUCUCUGCCAAUUUCUUCCUUUAUCUGUUUCCCUAAUUUUUUAUGUGUCAGCAGAAAGACUUAAUUAAAAAAAAAAAUAUUUAGUGACUGCAUGGCUGUGACUCUUUCUGUCUUGUCUGACUCUUUGUGCUUUUUGGGAAUCAGGGGUGCAUUCCCUCCCUUCCUGGGCUGCCCUUGGUCCCAGAGCAGGAGAGCACUGAGGAGGAAUGUGGUGGGAGCUUCUCCAGGGAAAAGAGCCAAGAUGGCAGUUGGUGCCCUGUUUUGGCAGGACGUGAUCUCAGCUGGCACAGAGGCAGCUUGUGAGCUGGAAGGAAAGGAGAGUGCCAUAAUGGGUGGCAACCUCUGAAUUAUGGCUGCCUUCAGGGUGAGGGAAUCUGCUGCCAGUCAGCCUAUCUCUGUCUCCAUCCUGGAUGGAGGUGGUUGUUUUUCUCUUCACACCCAAUUUACGUGUAAAUUCG